CGUCACUUGGUCCUUUUUAAACGUUACAAGUCUUUUUCUUUUUGUUCCCUUAUGCUUUCAUUUCUUCUCUAAACAUCAACAAUGAAAUUACUCUUCUUCUUCUUUUGGUCUAAUUUUCUGACCAAAAUUUAAUCUUUUUUCAAAACUAUUUCCUACCCAUUUUUCCUUUUUCAAAGCAGAAAAAAACCCAUUUUGAAUCUUUAAUUUUGGUUUAGUAAAUCAUUUUUUCUAAGUAUUACAAAAAAAGGUGUCUUUAAACACAUGAAUAGUGGUGUUGGUUCUUGUUAUGUUCAAGAAAUGAACUUUUUAGUCCCUUGUGUUGAAGAAAAUCCUUGGAGAUUACAUCAAAUGGAAAAUAAGUUUAAGGAUGAAGAAGAGGGAUUAGUAGAUUUAAUUGGGAUUAAGGAGACUAAUCAUAAUAAUAAUAAUAAUAUUAAUGGUGGUACAAAGUUAUGUUCUAGAGGUCAUUGGAGACCUCAUGAAGAUGCAAAGCUUAAAGAACUUGUUGGUCAAUAUGGUCCACAAAAUUGGAAUCUCAUUGCUGAAAAACUUGAAGGAAGAUCAGGGAAAAGUUGUAGAUUGAGAUGGUUUAAUCAACUAGAUCCAAGAAUCAACAGAAAAGCAUUCUCAGAAGAAGAAGAGGAAAGAUUAUUAGUAGCACACAAAAUGUAUGGCAACAAAUGGUCAAUGAUUGCAAGGCUAUUCCCAGGGAGGACAGACAAUGCAGUGAAGAAUCAUUGGCAUGUCAUAAUGGCAAGAAAACAUAGAGAACAAAAUAGUGUGUAUAGAAGAAGAAAAACAUCAAAUUUGCAACAAAUUAUUGCUCCAAAUAACAAUAAUAAUAUUAAUAAUGAUGAUGAUAUGAUCAUACAAAGUGAUUCAACAAUUUCUAGCAACAUUGUUGAUGAUCUUCAAAGUGAUUCAACUUGCACUGAUCUUUCACUUACUCCAUCUUCUUCUAAAGCCAUUAUUCAUCCUUUUCUCAAGACAAGAUUUAAUCAUCAUCAUGUGGAGCAUCAAGGAAUCAUUUAUUCUAACAAAGGGUUGUCAAGAGAUGAAGAAGAGGUGAAAAUGGGCUUGUAUGGAAAUAUGUCAGAUACAAAUUCAGAAAUUUCAGCAUCUGAGUCAGUAGCCAACAACAUGACCAAUAUUGUCAAGAUUUAUGAAGAUGAAGAUGAUGUAAAAACUGUGAACUUCAUUGAUUUUCUUGGAGUUGGAGCCACUUGAAAAUUAAAUAUAAGUGGGAUUUUGAGGGUAUUUUAUUUUAUUUUAUUACAUAAUAUAAUGUGGAAUUGUAGUAACAAUUAAUAGAAGCUAAUUAAGAGUUUUGUUUUAUCAACGGAUGAAGUAGGAUUAAUUAGUUUGUAACUUGGUGGUGAUUGCUUAAUAUUGCCUCUAAUUAUUCUCUAUUAAUAGAGUUAUCUUGAAAUACUAGUAGUUCUUUGUGGUUUGUAUAGUCUUCUAUAUUAAUGGGGAAAAAAAGGCUUUGAAGGGUA